AUGAGUGAAUCAAAAGAUUUGGCUGUUUCUGUCACAAAUGCAUGGAAAAAUUAUGGUCACUGGUACAAAUCAAUAACCGUCUUACAUGACAUAAACCUUCAUGUUCCAACAGGAAUUAUAUAUGGUUUAUUGGGUCCAUCUGGAUGUGGAAAAACAACUCUUUUACGUUGUAUAGUUGGUCGUCUAGAAUUAAAUCGGGGCGAAAUAAUUGUAUUGGGUAAACGACCAGGUAGUCGUGGACACGGAGUUCCUGGUCGAUCAGUUGGUUUUAUGCCACAAGAAACAGCACUUUAUAAAAACUUUUCAAUAUCAGAAAUGCUUCAUCAUUUUGGUCGUCUUCAUAAUAUGAGUCGUAAAGAUAUUUUAUCUCGAGAAGAAUUUCUUGUUUCAUUUCUUGAUUUACCUUCAAAAUCAAAAAACGUUUCACAAUUAAGUGGUGGUCAACAGCGUCGUGUAUCAUUAGCAUGUGCUCUUCUUGAACAACCUCAGUUAUUAAUUCUUGAUGAACCAACUGUUGGAGUUGAUCCUUUACUUCGAGAAAAAAUCUGGAGUCAUCUCAUAAAUAUAUCAAAAACAAGUAAAACAACAAUAAUAAUAACAACUCAUUAUAUUGAAGAAGCAAGAAAAGCUGAUCGAGUAUGA